CAGAGCCCAGAACACAGAACUCCCCCUGCUGGGGAGACCCAAAAGGACGAAACAAGGGCUCUUUCGGGCCCAGAACCCGAGCUUGUUUUUCCGGGGGCAGCGGGGUCCGUGUGGGAGGCUCCGCGGGGAGGCGCGUGGGUCCGAAGGCCGGGGUGGCGCGGGGCGCAGGGGUGCGGUUGCCACCGUCCAGCGCCAGGCCUGGGCGGCCACUGGCGCUCAGGAUCCGAGAUGGCCUCGCCGCCGCCGGACUCCCAGAAAACCUGGGCCGAGAACCCGAAGGGGAUGCUCGCGGUCCAGUCGCUCUCGCCCCACGGGGUGCCCUGGGCCACCGUGGUGACAGCCGUGAGCCACUUCAGGAUGUCGCUCCCGGCGCUGCGCCGCGACCAGCUGCUGGCCUCGCUGGACCCCCUGGCCUUGAACAAGUACUCUCUGCCGUCUGUGCAGCACCCCACGAUGCCACAGGCGCUCUGGGGCGACCAGGAGCCCCUCUCCAAGAUCCCACUUAAAAUUCUGAGAGGGCAUGAGCAUAUUGUGAGUUCCUGCCACUUCUGUGUGAAUGACACAAAGCUUCUCAGUGGCUCCUAUGAUUGUACUGUGAAGCUGUGGGAUCCUGUGGAUGGAACUGUGAUUCGGGAUUUUGAGCAAAGGCCCAAAGCUCCUGUGUUAGAGUGCAGCGUCACGGCUGACAGCAGAAGAAUUCUUGCAGCGUCCUAUGACAAAACAGUGAGGGCUUGGGACCUUGAAACAGGCCAGCUGCUGUGGAAGAUCAGAUACGAUACCUUCGUAGCGUCCUGUAAGUUUUCUCCGGAUGGGAAAUAUGUGGUCUCAGGCUUGGAUGUAGAUCAUGGAAUCUACAUAAUGGAUGCAGAAAACCUCACCACCGUGAAGUACAUUGAAGGCCAUCACCAAAGGUCCAUCAUGGCAUGCUGCUUUGACCCCGACAGCCAGAAAGUGGCUUCUGUCUCGUUGGACAGGUGCAUCAAGAUCUGGGAUGUCACUUCCCAGGCCACGGUGCUCAGCAUCCCCAGAGCGCACGAAAGCGGUCUAUCAAACUGCUGUUUUACCUUCAGUGGCCAUUUCCUGUGCACAGCCUCCUGGGAUAAAAGCUUAAAAAUAUGGAAUGUCUACACAGGGGAGUUUCGGAACCGAGGUGCCUGUGUGACUCUAAUGCAGGGCCACGAAGGCUCCGUGAGCUCCUGCUGUUUUGCCAGAGACAGUUCUUUUCUCAUUUCCGGGGGCUUUGACAAGACUGUGGCCAUCUGGGAUGUGGCAGAAGGCUACCAGAAGCUGUCCUUGAAGGGCCAUAAGGACUGGGUGAUGGAUGUUGCCAUUAGUAAUGACAAGAAAUGGAUUCUGUCUGCUUCCAAGGAUCGGACCAUGAGACUAUGGAAUAUUGAAGACAUUGACCAAAUUCCUUUGGUAAUCAAGUACAAAAAGACCAUGGGCUUAACGAUGAAACAGUGUGAAAGAUGCAGCAGGCCUUUCUCCAUCUUCGAAAGCAACAGCUCUUCUGAGAUACUCACCAAGUGUGUGUUCUGCCGGAGACAGGCAGGGGACUCACUACUGGACGCUUCACUGUCGUCAGAGGAGUACAAGGAGGACUGACAGCCACUGGGCCCUUAAAGUGACCUGAGCAUUAGCCACCUGUCCUGCAGGUUGCAGGGCUCUGCAGAGACCUUUUUCUGGGGCCCCUCAUCAGCUGAGUGGGCCGAUCACACCUGGGCAGGGACCACCCCUAGGCCCGGCUCCCAGCACCAGCCACCUCAGCACCACAGCACCCUUGGGGGAUGAACACUUUGGGUUUUCACGCAGAGUAAAUCUAGAUUCCUUUGGAAAGCUAGUGUGCGUGUGAAUUGUAGAAGCAGCUCAGCUCUUUCUAAGCCUAUGUCCUGGUGUCAUUCUGUCACAUGUUUGGAACACAGUAUGGGCUUGCGUCUGUCCUGUAAGGGGGCCCCCAGGGGGAUGGCACCAGCACUCCCUGAGGACAGGUUUGCCUAAUGACGGUGAAGUCACAGGAGGCUCCUCUGUGGAUGAUGCCAAUGCACUGUGGCUGCUAUGAUGUGGAUAUGGUUUGUCCCCUAACAGUUCAUGUGCUGGAAGGUUGGUCCCCACUGCAAUACUACCAAGAGGUGAAGGAACCUCUGAAGGUGAAGAUGGAAGGUGAUUAAGCCAUGGGGCAAGGAAUUAAUGCCUGUCCCUUGAGAGUGGAUGAGGUAUCAGGAGACUGGGUUGGUUACCUAAGAGCAGACUGUUGUAAUGUUGGGUCAUCCACAUGUUUGGUUUCUUCUGAAUGUGCUGUUUGCUGUCCUCACGUGUGCUCCUGCUAUGUGACUUGGUCUGCCAUGUUCUGCACAGCAUGAAGCACUCAUCAGAUGAGGCCACCUGACCCUGAACUUCCUUGCCUCCAGAUCCAUAAGCUUAAUAACCUUUUCUUUUUGAAGUACUCAGCCUCGGGCAUUUUAUCAUAGCAACAGGAAACCAACUAAGACACUGGCUAGUGCUCCCAGGUAGCUUCCUGGACAUCACAGAAGGAGGUCUGGCUAGGUCAGGGGUGGUGGUGGCAUUUUCAUCACAGGAUGUUUUAUGCUCUCUAAUCAGGCUUUCCAAUGUCCAGAAUGCCAUGACAUAGGUGCAGCCCUCUUCCUGCUCCCACAGCACACCGUGCAACAUAAAUCAAUCCAGGAGUGACAUUUUCAGUUAACAAACACGAAAGCCUUUGUUUAACCUGAUGUGGCUCACAGGAGUUCUGCCAAGUACUCCCGAGCCCACUAUAAAAUUUUUUGAUUUUCAGGACCGAUUUGUACAAUGUCUGUAAGUCUCACAAUCUGGCACCGUUAUUGAGCAGGUCCUGUGCUGGGUGCCAUUCCUGUCAGUCACAGCGUGGGUGACUGCCCAGAUUCUGGCUCACUGCUUGGUAUUUAUUCAUCUACUUGCAAAACAUAAUAUAAACGUGACAUAACAAGUGGUCGAAACUCCACAGUUGGCCUCUGUCCUCCAGUCGGUUUCAAAGACUUCCAGUAUAUAAAGAUGCGCACAGCUGCGUGUUACUGGGGCUGUGCAGGACGGCUGGACUGCAUACGAGAACACUGUCCCCACUGAUGGGCACCUAGGUUGCUCUUACAAACAGUACUGAGGCGAACCUCCCUGGGCAUAGAUUUUUUAACUUUUAGUUAUUAGUACAUGUGUGUAACAGUCACAAUGCUUACAUUCUUUGUGGGGAAGUGAUGCGCAUCCAUAAAAAUCUUAAUUUCCUUUUCCUUUCCCUUCCUUCCCUCUCCUCUCUCAAUCUCUGCAGAGACUUAGCAUCUCUCCAGGGGAAUCUCCCACUGGAAUAAAGUCAGGGUAAGGGGGAGUGCUGCCAGUGGCUGGCUUUGCUGCGGCCCAGGGGCUCUCUGGAAAGUGCUGGGACACUGCGGCUGGUGGGCCCAAGGAGGAGACGCAGGGCGCAAGUGGGAAGCCAUGAGCGAAUCUCUCCCCCCAGGAAUAGGGGCUCCCAUAAAGGCUUAACUUUGAGGGAAAAGACAGGAAGCACCUUCAACACUGGGUGGGGAGGGUCCAGGCUGGGCCCUGGGGCUGGGAUGCUCUGCCUGAGCUUGGAGUCUGCCUGGGAAGAGGAUUCCUGGGAUGCUUGCAAGCCCUGAACUAGGGUGCACAGGUGUAAGGAAAGAUGGGCAAGUGGGAACUAGCGCUCUGCUUCCAGGAACCCUGCAGGUCCCUCAGGAGGGCUGCCUCCUGUGUGGCUGGGAUCUCUCUACCUGAGAAGAGCCACAACAGGGCCAAGGACAAGGCUGCAGGCUGCACUGAGGAGUUUAAGUCCCUGAUGUGCAGCACCUCCCUCCAGCAUGGGAGUUGAUAAUGGAGUGCACUCACGGGGUUUGGACACGGAUCUCCCUGCCUGCACCAUGUCCAGCAUUGUAGGUUUGUCAAGGAAGCCUCUUCCUGUCCCUGGGGACAGUUUGGGUCAGUGUCAGCCCUGGGCUGGCCUCCGUUUUCCCAGGUUUCUCAGUGCAGACUGGAGCCAUCAGAACCACAACAGUCAGAGAUUUAAACUCAUUCUCCCUUCUUGUCAGAGCAUUUCUGAGCCCCCCAGGUCACACUUAACAGCCCAGACCACAGGGCCUGAUCUCAUCACUCCUCCCGCACAAGGGUCCCCGCUGUGGAGUUUCCCAGACACCACAAGGGUCCCGAUCCAUCCUGUUGUACAGAGACUCCUGGUAGCCUGGCCACCUCGCAGAGGCCACACUUUUUACUACAGCAAUAAUGGUGAAUUUUGGAGAGAGAAACAUUCAAACCGUAAAAGAUCAUUCUGAAGAAAGUUCUGAAGCAAAGCUGAGUGAGGGGCAAGGCUGAGAGGAAUAUGAAGAAACAGGGAAGGGUGCAGGGGAGAACCAGUCCCCCGGCCAACCUGUGCAAGCUGGGUUGGAGGAAGUCAGUGGGCAACAGCGGACUGGAAUUAGAGAGUCAACUGGAUGAUGGGAUGGUGCAGGGAGUGGUGGGAAGGGGGUGUGCUCUGGAGAGGGAGGUCAGGAGGUCAGUUUUGCUGGGAGAGACUCUGCAGCCAUUGUGGAGACAGAGCCUUGGGGUGGACAGGCACAGCGGCAGGAUAUGGGCCACGAGGGAGGAGGCACAGGGGGCCCUGGACCUGUGGGCUAUGCCAAGAGAAAGCCCUGCUGGUGCCUUGCAUUUCUGCACAUCUUGUGAGCAGAGUGCUGCCUGCCCCUGUGUGGAGCUGUCCCUCCGAGGAGGCGGGUCUGUUCCCGGAUAGUCAGGGAACAUAGCAACUGUGACUCCUUUCAGAGCAAAGGGUAGGGCUGCUUCCUGUCUGGGGCCUGAAGAUGCUGCACCACUAGGCAGACUCACUGCCCACUAAGCAGACUGGGUUCCCCAAACCAAGGGCUCCUUUGCAGUAAACCAAUCCACUGUGUUCCUGGCGUGGCCCUCUUUACAUUGGCCAGCAGGAACUGGGGCUUGGGGAGCCACCCCAACUGCUGUUACUGUAGCUACUGCUGUUGCUCUGAGACUUGUGUCUUGUUGGAAAGAAAACAACUCAAGCAUUUCAGCUGGGUUGACAACCUCUCACUGUCGUCUUCUGCCCUGUGCUGCUCAUUUUAUAGAAACUGGGAUAUAAAUAAUAAUUUCCCAGAGUUUGGGCAUAGUCAUCUGACUGAAUGCUGUCUGUCAAUGUGGUUUCAGAGAAAGCCUUUUUGGAAGGAUUGGGUGGUGGUUCUGGGAAAACAUUUGUCUUAGAAGUUUAAAGGGGAGACAUUUAUAAUAAUAGAAAAUACAUAUAAAAGACAAGGCACACUGGUUUCUGUUCUUCCUCCUCCUUACAGCCUACAAUGCAAGUGUGACAUGUGAUGGUGUAGCAACCAUUUCGUGACCAUGAAGUACAAAUAUAAAAUGAAAACAGACACUCUAAGAGACAGGAGUGGAAAGCAGAAAAGUCUUGGUAGUGUCAUUAGCUACAACACAAACCUGGGCUAUAUUGCCCAGCCUAAUUAUAGUGAAAGACCACUAAACUCAAAUUAAUUAGGGACACAAAUGUCAGAAAUUUUUGUUUUGUUUUGUUUCUUUGUUGCAGAUUAACAGAUUAACUGACAUGUCUUGCUUCAUGUUUGAUUCUUUGUCACUUAGAAUUUGGUGCAAUGGUUAGAGUAGCUGCUAGGGUGGAUGCUAAAUAAAUGACUGUUAAAUACAUUUAUAUGAAAAAUUUGUAGGCUAUGGGACAUAUAUGUUCACAGUAAAACAAAUAAGCUUUAAAACUUUUUAUCAUGAAAAAUUCAAACAGCCUAAAGAGAUGUUUUUCUAUGGUCUGUUGGCCAUUUCAGAACUUGGGCAGUAAAAUGGUCAAUUCAUUAGAAAGAAAGAGCUUGAAGCAACCCUUCCUCCCCUGGUGAGCAGCUGUGAGUGUGACAGGCUGCGGUGGCUCAGGACGGGAGCCAAAGGUGUUUACUGGGACCCAUGCCAUGCUGGGACCUGGAGUGCCAGGAAACCAAGCAACCCUCCCCCCUGCCUGUUUUGUUUUGUUGAACUUCAAUAUACAUGAGGGUAUGGACAGAGGUUUUGAAAAGAACAAGAGACUCUAUAACAGCCAUUGGUGACUUCCCUAUUGUCUGGUUUUGAAGACCUAAAAUGCUUUCCUCAUUCUGUACGGAUCAGUUUUAUACUAUGUUGUUUUGUAUGAAUUCUCUGUAUGUGAAGACAUAGACAGCUAUUUGGAAGAAAACGAGACAAAAUGAUAGGUAGUGAAAAUCUCAGAUCGUCUAGCUUUGAAAUUUAUAUCUCUUACAUUGCUUUCUUAUGUCCUAGUUUGUUAUGUUUUGUUGUGUUUAAUUUUACCCUCUUUAAAAUAAAAAUAAAAAAUGUUAAUGUAAAGAAAAAUUCAAACAUCUAAAAUUGUAUACAAGAUAACAUAAUUAACUUCUAGAGGCCCCCAUAUCCAUCAUUCAGACUUAACAAUUAAGGUCAAAAUCAUUCAAUGGUGUUUAUCUUUCUGUUACUACAUAAAACAAUAGAGAAUGCA